UGCCUUUUUGUUUUGUUGGUCAACUUCCUAUUGAGAAUGCCACCUGUGCGGAGAUCUGCGAGAGUCAACGAGUUCGCAAAGAAGGCUACUCGCUCGUGCAAAAGUGGAGAGUCGCACACCACUACUGCUCUAUCCAACGAUGCGAAGAUCUACGGAUACUGGCUGAUGAAAGCUGAGCCCGAGUCGCGCAUCGUCAAAGGAAAGGACGUGAAAUUUAGCAUUGACGAUCUUUAUGAGAUGAAGGAUUCGACGUCGUGCUGGGAUGGAGUGAGAAACUACGAGGCGCGAAACAUCAUGCGCGACAAAAUGAAGAUCGGAGACAAGGUGCUCUUUUAUCAUUCAAACUGCAAGACACCUGGUAUUGCGGGAACCGCUACUGUGGUUAGAGAGGCAUACCCGGACUACACAGCGUUCGACCCAGAGCACCCCUAUUACGACCCAAAAUCCAAGGCUGAUGUACCCAAGUGGUUUAUGGUUGAUGUCAAGUUUGAGUCGAAAUUCAGUAACAUUAUUCCACUUUCGGCCCUGAAAGGGUACCAGGAGUUAAAGGAUAUGGUUCUAAUCAAGCGCGGAAGGUUGUCGGUUCAACCAGUAAAGGCUGGCGAAUACGACUUUAUCCUGAAACUUGGAAAUAAAUAAUGAGCUAGAGCUCCUACCUAGUG